UUUUAUCACUCAAAUAAAUCGUGCAUAUUCCGGCUGUUAAGCGUGCCAAAGUAGCCACUGCCUGUUACUUUCGAUUCUGUUUUGCCAUCUCUCAAAGUAUUCGAAAUGAAUAACACGUCAAAUUACAACUGAUAUCAAAUGACGUCGAAAUUCAGGCUGAAAGGACCCGAUUUUGCGGUUGCAUCACGAGUGAACCAUCAUCGUCUUAUAUAUGUCUGCGGUAUAUCAACUUACGUAAUUAUUGCGACUGCUAACCCACGCCAAAGUUUUACGAGCGUAAGAUAAAGAAAGGAAAAAGCGAAUAGUUUAUUCGAAUAAUCGGCCGGCGCAAAAAGAGGACGAAAAGAUCCGGGGGACACAUAUGGCACAUGCAAUAAGUAGAAAGCAGCUUCUUUUUCGUCAGAGGAAAUCAUGAAAUCCUUAAGCCCGAUUGGUCGACACCUUGUGUGGGAUCUUGUGGCAGCCCUUAUAGAUCGGCAAAACGGAUCCACGAUUCAAUCGUCGACUUGUGUUGAAACUAGCUGGAGCCAGUCAUAAACACGUAAUUUGCUGUGAGAGCAACAUCGAAAGGAUGUUUUGGCGCUGCGGGUUUUUCAACUUUCUUCUUCUAUUUGGCAAUGUUGCGUACGGCGAAGUCUCGAAAAGCAGAGUACGACGCCAAAAUCCACCCGCACAAAAUGGUGAACUGAUAGAUAACAUCUUUAAUAUACCUAUCACAGCGAUCAGACAAACCGCCGCCGCCGCUCAAGUCUUUUCGCCGGAGAAUACACAGACAAUCGACAACAUUGUUAAAAUUCCCAUUUCGACUCUAGAAGCUGUCGGCACGCUCGUAAAAACUUCAACGGAGCAAAGACAAAACCAGGAAAGAAUUCGAAAUCGUCAAGAGAAGAGAGAACGAUUGAUGGCCAUAAAGGAGCAGAAGAGGAAGCGAAAGCAGGAAAUUCAGGACCAGCAAUUGCAACAGACGAGAAUUGUUAGACAUUACCAGAAGGAUCCACUUGGAUUAAACGCGUGGAGCGAUCUUCUGUUUGGGCAUCACUCUAGAUUAGGUGGCAUUCGCAGGCUUCAUGGGGGCUUACAUGGCCACGGAAUUCUCGGCAGUCACGGUGGACUUUUGGGAAACCGUCCACAACAUACCUACGAGGUCCAUGAGGAUGUUAAUGAAGAUACUUCUUUUUCCUGGCACGGGCUGACCGCUGGAUUCGGUAGUUUCCAUGGAACUAGACCUUCCAGUACUGCUAUCAAAAUCGAGAAUAAAAUUGCUCCUCAAGAAAAGAGGCAAAACUCUCCCAAAUAUCCGAGCUUUGACAUAAAUUCCCAGAAUAAAAUCACGAAGAUUAGAAAUAAGCUGAUACAUGAAUAUGACGAUGACUCGUCAAAAAUAGAAAAUAAAAUUGCACCGAAAAUAGAAAAUAAAAUUGCACCGAAUAUAGAAAAUAAAAUUGCACCAAGAAACGGAAAAAUAACAUUUGUGCGAUAA